UGCAAAACAAUCACACGUGAAAUAUUUUAAAAGUAAAUAAAUACGGUUUUGCAGGAAUUAAAGAAGGAUAUGUCGGAUCCCAGUGACUCCUCCUCAGCCUCUGAGCACGAGGCAAGCAGUGACGAUGAAACUCAGAAUGCCAUUCGCGAGGAUCUAAAGGGAAUGUCCUUCGAGGAGAUAAUGAAACUUAAGGAGCAGCUGGGCGCCAAGGUGUACAAAGAGGCCGUUCUUGGGGGCAAGAGUUCGCGACCCCCGAAACCCAAAACCAAAACCGACCUCAAGCGCCUGAACAAAAAUCGACCCCGUGAAAUGAGCACCAGAAGACAGGUUCCAUUUCUGGGCGCCGAACACCGAGUGGAGCGCAAGAAAACUGCAGAACUUCGGGAUCCACGAUUCGACGAGAAGUCGGGAUCUUAUAAUGCGGAAACCUUUAAGAAGAACUACCAGUUUGUGUCACAAAUUCGAACCAAGGAAGUCGGUCAGCUGAAGAAGCAAUUGGACGAGGUGGAGGAUGAUGAGGAAAAGCAGAACAUAAAGUACAACAUGCAACGACUGAUCAACAAGAAUGUGGAGGAUAAGAAGUGGCACACCAAGCAGAAGCAGCUCAAAAAGGAGCGCGCUGGCAUUCAGAAGAAACACAAUUUAGGACAGCAGCCUCACUAUCUUACAAAGAAGGAGCGUCGUGCCAAGGAACUGGUGGCCCAAUUUGAGAAGCUGAAGGACACGGGAAAACUCAACAAACACCUGGAGAAACGACGCAAGAAGAACGCCGCCAAGGACCGAAAACGCAUUGGCAUAGAAUAAGACCUUAGACGUUCACUUUAAGUAUAAAUGUAUUUUUAACAAUUAAAAGCACUGUGCAAACUAGCAAACCUAGCCCGU